CGCGUUCCUUUUUUUUUUCUUCUUCUUUUACUUUAUCGUCAUGGUGGAAAACAAACCCUAUGGCUCCUGGCCUUCACCAAUUACUGCAGAAUCUCUUGCUUCUGGAAAAGUUGCUACUGAUAUUUGUAUCGAUCCUACAACUCAGUCAGUGUAUUGGUGUGAAGUCAUUCCUUCAGAAGAAGGUCGUGGUCAAAUCUUUAGGCAACGGUUGGAUAGCAAUGACAAACCCGAACCUCUUUUAGCUCUUGGAUACGAUUGUCGUUCUCGUGUACAUGAAUAUGGUGGUGGUAGCUUUAUAGUCAGCAAUGGUUUAUUGGUUUUCUCAAACGAUAAAGAUUUCGCUUUGUAUAGUCUCAACUUGACCGAUUCUCACGCUCAACCUCAACGUGUCACUGAAAGCAACAAGUUGAUACGAUAUGGUGAUUUUUGUUUGGAUGCCAAACAUGACUUUGUGAUUGCUAUUCAGGAAGAACAUUUUGAAAAUGAAGAACCCAAGGAUGUUGUGAAUACUCUUGUGGCUGUCCAAUUAUCGACUGGUAAAGUCAAAGUCCUAGCUCAAGGUUGUGAUUUUUAUUGUAGUCCUCGAAUAUCUGAUGAUGGUAGCGCUCUUACGUUUGUUUCUUGGGUUCAUCCUAAUAUGCCCUGGGAUUAUACUCAACUUUCGUAUGCUACCUUUCAUUAUUCUGAUCAAGACUCCGUUGUUUUGGAUUCCGUUAUCUUGGUGAACCCUGAUAUUGAAGAAAGCAUUGUGCAACCUGAAUUUGGAGUGGACAAUACAUUAUAUUUUGCUUCUGAUCGAUCUGGAUUUUGGAAUUUGUAUCGAUAUCAAGUCAACACAAAUCAAGUGGAAUUACUUUUAGAAUCACCUUUAAACCAAGAAUUUGCUGGUGCACAAUGGAGUCUUUGUACUUAUUGGUAUAGUCCUUUCAAAUCCGAUCCAACCAAACUGGCAUGUCUCAACAAAGAAUCUCUUGCCAUUCUUGAUACUACAUCCAAGACGUUGACCAACUUACCAAGCAACUAUGAUCACUUUAGUCAAAUUCGAACUUUUAUCAAUGGUGAUCAUCAAGAAGUGAUUGUAGUAAAUGCAAGUGCUACAACAGUACCUAUUGAUUUGAUUGCCUAUGAUGUCUCUUCUCAAGCUAUUCAACGUGUACUUAAACCUUCUACUGUACCCAAGAUGGAUCCUGCAUAUAUUUCUGUGGGUAGAGAAAUCGCUUUCCCUACUACGAAUGGUCAGACGGCUUAUUGUUAUUAUUAUGAACCCAGAAAUCCCAAGUAUACUAGUGAUGACAAUUGUCCACCUCCUUUACGUGUGCUCUCCCAUGGAGGACCCACUACAUCAACCACCAACGAAUAUCGUAGUGUUAUUCAAUAUUGGACUACUCGAGGAUUUGCAAUUGCUGAUGUCAAUUAUGGUGGCAGUACAGGGUAUGGUCGCGAUUAUCGCAAUCGAUUGAAGAAAAAAUGGGGAAUUGUAGAUGUGGAUGAUUGUUGCAACGCUGCUUUGUAUCUGGCAGAACAAGGAUGGGUGGAUCGUAACAAAUUGGCAAUUGAAGGUGGAUCCGCUGGAGGGUUCACUACAUUGGCAAGUUUGGCUUUCCGUAAUGUUUUCAAGGCAGGUGUAUGCAAAUAUGGUAUUUCUGAUAUUACACUUUUGGCAAAGGAAACUCACAAGUUUGAAUCAAGAUAUACAGAUCGAUUGAUUGGAGAAUACCCAAAAGAAAAACAUAUAUAUCAAGAACGUUCACCUCUAUUUGCUGCCGAUGAAAUCAAUUGCCCUGUUAUCUUCUUCCAAGGAAAGGACGACAAAGUGGUGCCUCCUGGUCAAUCUGAAAUUAUGGUCAAUGCUUUACAAAAGAAAGGUGUACCCGUUGCUUAUGUUCUUUACGACGGGGAAGGUCAUGGUUUCCGUCGUGCUGAAAAUAUCAAACGUACCAUGGAAUUGGAACAAUGGUUUUUGGGUCAAACAUUCGGCUUUGAAGUGGAUGGUGUAGAAGGCGUUCCUAUUGACAAUUUCCCCCCAAAAUAGUCUAGUUUAGCAAGUAUCUACAUUUUUUACAAU